UCUCACUACUACAUUUGUCUCUUGGCGAUAAGGAAAUGAUAAUCCAUUGAUAAGUAAUCACUAACAAUAUAUAAAUUUUAGUAUUUUUGAUAAUCAACUAAUAAUCUCUAAGUAUCUACUAGUAUUAUAAAUAAUCAAACAAUCAAUUUCAGUUACUUCAUUCACCUGAGCCUCCAUCAACAAUGUCUUCGUUGAUGACUCUAUUCGAAUUCAUUAGAUUGUCCUCAUUGUGUCCGCCGCCGGCACCGACUAUUACGCCACCGGAGCCUCCUGCUCGGGUGACUUCAUCAAACUCUCCACCGCCUCCGAAAAUGGAGAUCAACUUUCCUCCACCUCCGCCGAUUUCUGAAACUUCAGCGGGGGCGAACAAUCUUCCUCCGGCGUCUGCUCCCACCUAUAAAACUAUCGAUUCACAACAUUCUUCCACGAAUAGAAUUGCGGGUGGUUUUGGUGUAAUUGUUCUAUUCGUUGGGAUUGUGUAUUUGUUUAUUUGUUACAGAAAAAGGAAAAUGAGUGGACAUGUAGAUUACUGUUACAAAUCAUCAUCAAUAAAAGGCAAUUGUUGUGCUGUACUUCCUAAGUAUUUGAAAAAGAGAAUUCUUUCACCAUGGCCUCAUGUUGCUGCAAUGCUAGCAAAGCUCUUUCCUCCACCUCCUAUCAUGAGCACAAUUGGAGAUGCUUCUUCACAAAAUUCAGGGUCUGACAGUCAAUUUUCACCUCAAGCCCACGGGGCCAUUACUUUUGGUUUCUCAAGUAGUAGUUUCACAUAUGAAGAAUUAGUGGCAGCGACUGAUCGUUUCUCACAAGCCAACCUUCUUGGAGAAGGUGGAUUUGGGUAUGUCCACAAAGGAAUCCUUCCGAAUGGGAAAGAAAUUGCAGUUAAGCAGUUGAAAAUGGGAAGCCGGCAGGGGGAGCGUGAAUUUCGAGCAGAGGUUGAGACAAUUACCCGACUGCAUCACAAACAUCUUGUUUCAUUGCUCGGAUACUGCAUCUAUGGGGCUGAGAGGUUGCUUGUUUAUGAGUUUGUUCCAAACGACACCUUACAGUUCCAUUUACAUGGAAAAGGCCAACCUAUUAUGGAGUGGGCAAAAAGACUGAAAAUUGCGAUAGGGUCAGCAAAAGGACUGGCAUAUCUCCAUGAGGAUUGUGAUCCUACAAUCAUUCAUCGUGAUAUCAAGGCAUCUAAUAUUCUUAUUGAUUCCAACUUCCAGGCAAAGGUUUCUGAUUUUGGACUUGCCAAGUUCUUUUCUGGUACCAAUCAUCAAAUUACUCACAUCUCCACAAGAGUGGUGGGAACUUUUGGUUACCUGGAUCCAGAGUAUGCAACAAGCGGAAAAGCCUCAGAUAAAUCCGAUGUUUUCUCCUAUGGUGUCAUGCUUCUGGAGCUUAUUACUGGGCAUCGACCUAUCAACACAACAGAAUCCUCAACAGCCGAGAGCUUGGUCAACUGGGCUAAGCCUUUGCUUGCACAAGCUUUGGAAGAUGGAAAUUUUGAUACUCUUGUUGAUCCACGGCUGCAAAGAAAUUAUGAUAAUAAGGAGAUGGCCAGCAUGAUCACCUGUGCUGCCGCUGCUGUGCGCCAAACAGCAUGGCGUCGACCAAGAAUGAGCCAGAUAGUCCGUGCUCUGGAAUGUGACUUUUCUCCAACUGAUCUAGAAUUCGGACUUAGACCUGGACACAGCACAUCUUUCAAUUCUUUCGAAAACCCAAAUUACGACGACCAACAAUUUGGGGAUUUCAAGAAGAAAAUCAAUAUGAUAUUGAUGGAAAGCACCAGCAAUUACAGUCUUGAAAUGUUGGGCUCAAGCAGUGAGGCCAUAGAAUCAGUUGACAGACAAGGGAUAUAUGCUGAAGCAGUGAGGACUGAAAAACUGUUGAAAAAAUAGGGGAAACAUAGGGGCAUAAAACCAAUUGAAACAGUUGAAAGACAAGAAAAAAACAUUGGAUUUCUUAGAAUAACUCUAUACUUCCUUUCGAGGGGGAUUUUCUAUUAAUUUUUGAAAACAUUUAUACAUUUAUUGGUUCUUUACAAAUAAAUUAAUUAAUGAAAAGGGUUUUACCUCUUUGGUUCUGUUUUCUCUGAAUUUGAUCAUUUUGACGUGGGUGAUCCUGGACUGCAAUUGUUGCUGGAUUGUUUGCAUUAAGCGAUUUAAACACCGAGCUCAAAUGCCUGAAUUUUCAAGCUUGUCUUCUGCAAGAGUAAGGUCAGAAAUUGAGAAUAUCUGAUAGCAUAUGUAACACAUUUGGGGUUUGUAUGCCAUUUUUGUACAUGGAAGGUAAGAGUACGGCCAUUCGGACCACCGGGAUCGUCUUCACUGUCACUAAUUCUGGUGUGCAUCCAGGGACAACAUUGUGUCACGGCAGUAAUAAAGAGUGAAGAUUGACUGUGCGCCAGCAGAAAAAAGUAUGAAUUAAUGUCAAACACGGCUACUUCUUAAAGAGUUGAACUGCAUGGGUUUGUGUUAUGGUGUUCUGGUAUUGCUGAAUAUCAAUUUUAAGGUUUUACAUAUUGUAGUGGCAAACAUGCACAGGCAUCCUAAUGUUAACGUGAUUUAUGAGGUCCAGGAUUUGGCUAUAGUGUUAGGAACUUAGGCCUCCACUGGCAAACAUAAUUUUUUAAUUUUUUUUAUUUUUUUUCGUAAAUUUUCAAACAUAAAUUUUAUUUUAGGAAAGUCGACAGAAAUAGUAACAGUGAUAAGCAUAAAGUGAAU